UGUCUCCAGGCAAAUACCAGAUGAUUAUAAUUGAAUUGUGGUAAACAUCAGCAGACAUGUUCUAAUGCUACAAAAAUAUUUACGUGAAGUACCGAUCUUUUUUAAACUAAGUCUAACAUUGGUCCGCGUUAUCCUCUCUCUUAUUUGGAUAAAACAACAGAAACCUUGGGUGAUUACAUCUGUAGUAACGUUGAAUUAAAAAAAGGGGGAUUGUCCACGAAAAAGUAUAAAAUCUGGUGACAAAUGACUAUUUUUCAUUGUAACCUGUUCUUCGUCCAUUUGCUCAUUAUUACGGCAAUUGGCGUCAAAUAGAAAAACGAAAAUGAUGCUUCUUCGUCUAUCAUUUUUCCUUGCACUUUGUGCAAUGGCGUUUGGGCACACUAAUCCUUCUUACGGAUGCGCAGCUAAAAAGGUUUUGUACGGCCACUACAACAACUACAAUUACAAAUACCCAAGCAACUAUCCUGCGACAGGACAUUAUGGAAAGCGUUGCGACAACAUCCACUACGCGUACGAUGUUAAUGGCUAUUGUUCGGCGUAUGGUUAUGGGUAUGGCCACAACUACGGAUAUUAUCACAAAUGCUACGCACGCUACUGUUAUCUUGAUGUUUACUAUGGGAAGAGUUCUUGCCACGGAUACGUGAAACUUUCGAAAAUCUACUAUUACCUCUAUGCAAAAGAAUGCUCAAAUGCUGGGCAUUAUUGCAACUACGGAGGACAUGGUGGCUCAUACAAAAACUGUGCUUGCCACACCAAAGUUUGCUCGACAAAAAUAAAAGCGUGUUACUCAUAUGGCGGCUAUUAUUAUGAAGACUACGUUACAGUACAGGUACCCUGCGGGUGCUCCUGCUAUAAGAAACUAUACCGACCGAAACGUUCCUUCCCAUACUUUGGAAUUGCAGUUGUCAUCAAAGGAAAGCAUUAUUAGUCAUCAAUUUGCGAUCGACUGAUCAAUAAUAUUGUCACACACAAAUAUGUACAAGUAUUAAAUUUCAAAUUAAACAUCAAAAAA